AUCAGUUAGAAGCUUAUCCUCAACAUGUCUCCCAAGUUCAUCAUCGUUGCCGCCCUUGUGGCUGUGGCCCUCGCCCGUCCUGAUCAGGCCCCAGCCUAUGGCUAUCCAGCCCCUACACCUGCUCCAGCACCUACCAAGUACGACUUCAACUACGCCGUGAAGGACGACUACUCCGGUAAUGACUUCGGCCACCAGGAGGCUCGUGACGGUUAUGACACACAAGGAUCCUACUUCGUUCAGCUUCCUGACGGUCGUCUGCAGAAAGUCACCUACACUGUCAACGGCGACUCUGGCUUCGUGGCCGAAGUCAGCUACGAGGGCGAGGCGCAGUAUCCUGCCGAACAGCCUGCUUACAAGCCCGCCCCCUCAUAUGCUUAGAUCGAAAAUCUAGCUCGGCUGUGAUAGUAUUUAUUAAGGAUACUCUCUAUACUGUAUAUUUGUAAAUAAAUCAAGAAAAUCA